AUGAACAAACUGCUCACGACCGUUUUGACCAUAUUUGUUUUACUGCAAAAGAGUUACAUUAAGGCGGAGAACCAUGAAAUCACGCACAAGACUUACUUCGACAUAAGCAUAAAUAACAAGCCAAUCGGAAGAAUAACGUUCGGGCUGUACGGAAAAGUAGCCCCCAUGACUGUGGAAAAUUUCGUUAGCAUAUGCAAAGGAACAGUAGUAAAUGGUAAAAUGUUAAACUACACGAAUUCGAUUUUUCAUCGCAUAAUUCCAAAUUUUAUGGCACAAGGUGGUGACAUAACACACUUCAACGGAAUGGGUGGUUUGAGCAUUUAUGGAGAGAAAUUCCAGGACGAAAAUUUCACAUUAAAGCAUACUAAGCGGGGAAUGCUUUCCAUGGCGAAUGCUGGGAAAAAUACCAAUGGAAGUCAGUUUUUUAUUUUAUUUAUUCCAACCCCAUGGCUGGACGGAAGACACGUUGUCUUUGGGGAAGUAAUUGAUGGAUUGGACAAGUUGGUUCAGAUUGAAGCGGUGGGCACGGAUUCAGGGGCUCCCGUAAAACGAGUCCUGGUCACAAAAUCGGGUGUGUUGUGAGGUGCAUCGUGCACACAUAGGAUUUAGCGAGUUCUGCCUGUGUGCAAUUUUUACCUAUAACCUGUGGCACUAUUACCGUUUUAUGGAAUAUUCCCCCUUUCUUUCUUUUUUUUAAAUAUAACUUUAAAAGGAUACAUAAAAAAAACGGAAGGGGAAAGGGAAAACAAUGAGAAGAAGUUAAUGAAGCUAUUAAAAUGUA